AUGAAGUUAUCAACUCUCUCAGCUUUAUUAUCCAUUCCUGCUUAUGCGUUGGCUCAAAGUUCAAGUGCCAGUGCAUCCGCUAGUGCUGCGUCCGCCUCUGCACCUGGAGCAUCAGGUAACAGCUCAGACUACUUGGCUACUGUUUUGGGUGCUUUGAACUCGGCAGGCCUCACCUUGCUCGGCAGCGCGGUACAAGGAAUUGCUGGCACGUCCGAGGGUCAAGCGCUCCUCGGCUCCCUUGCUCAAGGUAACAAAACCGUCUUCGCUCCAUCCAACGCAGCUUUGGGCAACGUCUCUCAAGAUACCCUGAGUGACAACGCUCUUCUUACCCAGAUUAUAUCUUAUCACAUUUUGAACAACACCUACACUGCUCAGGGAGUAGCUACAGCUCCCAAUCGUACCAUCGCUCGUACCCUCUUAAGAGGUGGUAAUUACACUUUACCAGGAAACUUCACCGGUCCUCUAGUACUGGCUAAAGACUCUACCAAUGGAAGUUCGUUUGAGAUCGUUCAAGCUACUAGCAAUAUCUCUACCGGCGCCAAUGCGACUGCGGCCAACUUGCAAGUAUACGUUAUCGAUCAAGUCAUCGAAUUGCCCCAAAGUAUUGAUACGGUCGUUUCCUCACUUACACCUCAAUUGAGUGGAUUGGUAUCUUCCAUCCCAGGUUUGGCCGACCAACUUGCCUCCGCUAAUGGAAUUACCAUCUUUGCACCUAAUGAUGCUGCCAUUGGAGCCAUUCAAAGUUCCCUGGGACAACUGAACUCUACCCAGGUCACUUCCGUACUUAGCAAUCAUAUCAUCAAUGGAACCGCCGUUUACUCCACUGGACUCGCCUCGGGUAAUUACACUUCAGCUGGAGGAGAGCCUUUCACGUUCAUCUCGAAUUCCACAGGGGCGUACGUACAAUCUGCUAAUUCCACUGCGAAGAUCGUACAAUCGGAUAUCAUCCUUAAUAAUGGUGUCGUGCAUGUAAUCGAUAACGUCCUCGUCAAUACCGCUUCAAACCCUCAAGCCGCCGAAUCAGCCUAUUCGUCAGCUGCAGCUGCUGCAUCUACUUCUACCGAGGCCAACGUCCCUGUCACUGCUACGUCCCAAGCUACCGCUCCUUCAGGCUCUUCUUCCUCUGGAGCUAGUUCAGCAGGACUCAAGAUUGAGCCUCUGGGAUUGACCAACUCCAUGAUGGGUGGUAUGGUCGCUGUGGUUGCUGCGAUCGUCGGUGGAGUAGUCACUCUCUUUUAA